AUGGUUCCAUAUGAAGCACUUUAUGGGAGACAUUGUAGAUCUCCAAUUGGGUGGUUUGAACCCAUCGAAGUAGAAUUGUUAGGCCCUGACUCAGUGCAUGAAGCAUUCGAGAAAAUGAACCUCAUUGUGCAACGACUCAAGACAACUCAGAGUCGACAGAAGUCUUAUACGGAUAUGAGGCGUCGCGAGCUAGAGGUUGAUGUUGGCUACAAGGUCUUCUUGAAAGUGUCUCCAAUGAAGGGAGUGGUGCGGUUUGGCAGAAAGUAUAAGCUUAGCCCUCAUUUUAUUAGCCCUUAUGAGAUUGUCAGGAGAAUUGGGAAGGUGUCCUACGAAUUGAAGAUACCGUCUGAGAUGUCCAUGGUGCAUCCUGUGUUUCAUAUUUUGAUUUUGAGAUUGUAUAAACCUGAUCCUUCUCAUGUAUUGAUUCAUAAAGUGAUUGAAGUCAACGAAGGGUUGUCUUAUGAAGAGGAACCUGUUCAAAUCCUAGAUCGACAAGUUAGAAGAUUGAGGACGAAAGAUGUAGCUUCGGUGAAAGUCCUGUGGCGAAAUAAUAAUACUGAAGAAGCAACUUGGGCAGCAGAGGAGGACAUGAAAAAUAUACCCUCACCUAUUUCCUAUUGUAGGUAUGUGUUGAACCUUCUGAUUAUUGAAUCCUUGCGAAGCUGUAGAUUAAAAAGUGUGUAUUCCUUCAUCUGUGUUCUGGCUCAAAUAAUUUGGUAUGGGGGAUCCAUGUGA